CUCGCAAUAUAUUGUUUUUAAAUUUAUAAAAAAUCUAUUCACAUAAUAUCUAUUUUAUUCCAGAAAUGAUUAAAUAUUUUGGGUGUGUUAUACCGAGAUUUAUUAUGGAAUAUUUAAAAAUUGUAAAGAUGUGUUAAUAUAAAAUAUUUAAGUUUAAUGAAGCUGUUAUCAUUGAUUUCCGGGGGUAAAGAUGGAAUUUAUAGCAUUUUAUGUGCUAGAAGGCAGGGACAUGAGAUUGUUCUUCUGGGUCACAUGACUCCUCAGGAUUCCAACACACAUGAACUUGAUAGCUACAUGUUUCAGACAAUAGGUCACAAUGUGAUAGGGUCUAUAAGCAAAUGCCUCGAUAUUCCCUUGAUUGAAAGAACAAUUCAGAGAACAUCAGCCUCUACAAGUACACUGAACUACACGCCGGAUGAGCAAGAUGAGGUGGAAGACUUAUAUAACCUUGUAAAGGAAGCUCUGAAGGUGAAUAGUGAGAUUGAAGGGGUCUUAACAGGGGCAGUAUGCUCUAGAUAUCAGAUGGAAAGGGUUAAAAACGUCUGUUCAAGACUAAAUCUAACCUCAGUAAACCCUUUAUGGGAAAGGAACCAGAGGGAGCUAAUAAAGGACAUGAUAGAUGACGGGAUGGAAGCAAUCUUAGUUAAAACAUGUAGCUUAGGACUAAAUGAGAAACACCUUGGAAGGACAAUUAGGGAACUAUAUGAAGAGUUAUUGGAGAUGGAGACCCUAUACGGAUUAAAUGUGUGUGGAGAAGGAGGAGAAUACGAAACGUUAGUCCUUGACUGUCCAAUGUACAAAAUGAAAAUAGUAAUAGAGGAACAUGAAAAAAUAUAUCAUUCAAAGGAUCCGUACGCCCCGACAAUAUUAUAUGUGCCAAUAAAAUGGAGGUUGGAAUCAAAGUAAAAAUCAUUGUAAAAUAAAUUAUCCGAAAGAGGACUCUGAACUUUUUUAAACAAUUGAAUCUGUAAAAUAUAAUGAGAUCGUCGAAAAAUUGCCUAAAAUUGCGUCAUGAUGUAGUGAUGGGGGUUGCAGCACGAUCUUUUGAAAAGCAUGUAGUAAAUCAGUCUUCAUCACCCGAGGACUGCAACAUAAAUAUACAGUCUAUUACCAGCGUUGAUGAUUUGGCUUUAUGGUUAAUAAAAAUGACCUUAUGCCCUAGAUAUCUGAGCUGGAAAUGAAAAAUUAAACAUAUUGCAGACGUUCGGGAAUAAACAUAUUAAAACAUUCUAUUAAUGAAUUUUAAAGAUGAU